UGAUAAUGAGUACUGUAAUGUAUAUACAUCAGCCAAUACAUAGUAUAUCUGUGUUAUUAAAAUUUAAUGGGACUUUGAGUUAGGAAAAAAAAUUUCUAAAAAGCAUAUGUGGCAGAGGAAGAUGAGGUAAUAAUCAAAAAAAGUAAACUGAGAAACACUACUGUACAUUCAUGUAGAAAGAGCAUAAAAGAAAGCAAAAAGAGAAGUAGAAAGUAACACAAGGCAUUCAGAAAAUGGAAACUAGUAUGUGACCUUUUUAAGAUCUGUGCACAAAGUAAGGUCUUCAGAGAAGAGCCCAAGGUUCAGGGUCACUCAAUCUCAACAGCCCAGAAGCAUCUGCAACCUCCCCAAUGUCCUUGCCCUUUGCUUUACUAAUGGCCCUGGUGGUGCUCAACUGCAAGUCAAUCUGUUCUCUGGGCUGUGAUCUGCCUCAGACUCACAGCCUGAGUAACAGGAGGACUUUGAUGAUCAUGGCACAAAUGGGAAGAAUCUCUCCUUUCUCCUGCCUGAAGGACAGACAUGACUUUGGAUUUCCCCAGGAGGAGUUUGAUGGCAACCAGUUCCAGAAGGCUCCAGCCAUCUCUGUCCUCCAUGAGAUGAUCCAGCAGACCUUCAAUCUCUUCAGCACAAAGGACUCAUCUGCUACUUGGGAUGAGACACUUCUAGACAAAUUCUACACUGAACUUUACCAGCAGCUGAAUGACCUGGAAGCCUGUAUGAUGCAGGAGGUUGGAGUGGAAGACACUCCUCUGAUGAAUGUGGACUCUAUCCUGGCGGUGAGAAAAUACUUUCAAAGAAUCACUCUCUAUCUGACAGAGAAGAAAUACAGCCCUUGUGCAUGGGAGGUUGUUAGAGCAGAAAUCAUGAGAUCCUUCUCUUUAUCAACAAACUUGCAAGAAAGAUUAAGGAGGAAGGAGUGAAAACUGGUUCAACAUGGAAAUGAUUCUUAUUGACUAAUACACCAUCUCACACUUCAUGAGUUCUGCCGUUUCAAAGAUUAAUUUCUGCUAUAUCCAUGACUUGAGUUGAAUCAAAAUUUUCAAAUAUUUCAGAAUUGUUGAGCAACAUUUCUUUAGCUCCGUGGGGACAAAAUCUUUACAGAUGAUCAUGCCUAUCUAUCUAUCUAUCUAUCUAUCUAUCUAUCUAUC